ACCCACCACGACCUAAACAGCUCCAGGAGGGAGAGGAGGGAGGAGAGCCGCAGCCCGCAGCAGCAGCAGCAGCAGCAGCAGCAGCAGCGUCGCAGCCCCGCUUUCAGCCUGCAUGGGCUAGUCGGUUAGCUAGCUUAGCAUCGUCCUCUCCUGCCGCCGAGAACCCCGGGUUGUUAUCUCCGUGUUUUCCUCUCCGUCCCCCACCCGGUCCUGCCUAACCCCCUGCCCCGCUUCAAGAUGAUGAAGUUUAGGUUUCGUCGGCAGGGCACCGACCCGCAGAGGGAGAAGAUAAAACAGGAGCUUUUCGCCUUCAACAAGACUGUGGAGCAUGGGUUUCCCCAUCAGCCCAGUGCUUUGGCCUUUGACCCCAAGCUGCAACUUAUGGCCAUCGGUACCAAGUCAGGAGCCAUCAAAGUUUACGGGGCCCCUGGUGUGGAGUUCACAGGACUACACAAGGACACAACUGCAGUUACACAGAUCCACUUCCUGCCUGGACAGGGCCGUCUGCUUUCACUGCUGGAUGACAACACCAUUCACCUAUGGGAGCUGGUGGCAGGGCCCCCAAGAGAGGUUGGAGGGGUUAAGAAAGAGGGUGUGGUCUCUCUCCAAGAAGUGGGCAACUACAGCCUCCCAGGAAGACCUGGCAUUGAGAGCUGCAGUGCCACUCGGGUGACUGUCUUGGUCUUGCUAAGGUCAUGUGACCUGCUCUGUAUUGGAACAGAGGGAGGGGGCGUGUACUUCCUGCAGUUGCCCCACCUCUCACUGAAAGACAACCAGACGCUGCUCCAGGAUCAGGUCACGCAGAGCCUGCCAGAUGACUACAGAUGUGGGAAAUCCUUAGGGCCAGUGGAAUCUCUUCAGGAACAUCCUCAGCAGACAGGGAAGAUUCUGAUUGGCUACAGCAGAGGCCUGGUGGUCUUAUGGGAUCUGAACACUCGUCAUACCGACCAGGUCUUCCUGGGAAAGCAGCAGCUGGAGAGCCUGGUGUGGGAACGCUCGGGAAACUUGUUUGUCAGUUCCCACAAUGACGGGGGCUACUCUGUGUGGCCUGUUACCAGCGGAAACAUCUACAAUCACCAACCAGUGUCCUGCACCAUCCCAUACGGUCCUUUUCCCUGCAAGGCUAUCAGCAAGAUUCUGUGGAGGACAACGCAGACAGGUGUUCCAGUGCUGUUAUACAGUGGAGGAAUGCCCAGAGCCAGCUACGGUGACCGCCACUGUCUGACUAUUCAGCAGGAAAAGGACCACGUCACUCUUGACUUCACGUCAAGAGUCAUUGACUUCUUCACUGUCCACAGCACAGAGCAAGAGAAAGAGUUUGAUGACCCGACGGCUUUGGUAGUGUUACUAGAAGAGGAGCUGGUUGUAAUCGACCUCCAGACCCCCGGCUGGCCCUCUCUGCCCACUCCAUACCUGGCUCCUCUCCACUCAUCAGCCAUCACCUGCUCCUGCCACAUCUCCAGCGUCCCCCCUAAACUGUGGGAGAGGCUGCUCAACGCUGGCAAAGCACAACAGGGCUGGCAACACACACACAGGAGUUGGCCCAUAUGUGGAGGGAAAAACCUGGCACCUCCACCCAAACAACAAGAGCUGAUGUUGACAGGACAUGAGGACGGCACUGUUCGUUUCUGGGAUGCAUCAGGUGUUGCUCUUACUCCGCUGUACAAACUCAGCACAGCCAACGUCUUCCACACCGACUGUGACCCCAGCGACGACCCUCAGGACCCUAGCAACGACCCCGACAUGCAGCAGGAGGAGGAAUGGCCUCCCUUCAGGAAGGUGGGCUGUUUUGAUCCGUACAGCGAUGACCCCAGGCUGGGAAUACAGAAGAUCAGUCUGUGCAAAUACAGCAACAAGCUGGUGGUGGCAGGAACUGCUGGACAGGUGAUAGUGUUGGGUUUAAGUGACGAGCGUUCAGACCACUUGGUGGACCUGUCGGUGGUUGAUCUGCUGCAGGACCGGGAGGGCUUCACCUGGAAGGGCCAUGACAGACUGGAGCCGCGCCUUAAACCUGCCCCCUUCCCCCCAGGCUUUCAGCCACUAGUGCUGGUGCAAUGCCUACCCCCGGCCUCUGUUACGGCGGUGGCGCUGCAUGCAGAGUGGAACCUGAUUGCCUUUGGGACGAGUCAUGGAUUUGGCCUGUUUGACUACCACCGACGAAACGCUGUGCUGGCCAGGUGUACCCUGCACCCUAAUGACUCGUUGGCGAUGGAGGGCCCGCUGUCCAGAGUCAAAUCCUUGAAAAAGUCCUUACGGCAGAGCUUCAGACGCAUCCGCAAGAGCAGGGUGUCAGGGAAGAAACGCACCAUCACCACACCCACCAGCAAGGUCCAAGAGGCCAACGCUGCUUUAGCAGAGCAGGAGGAAGUGGCUCCGGUACAGAGAAGGAUUGAACCCCGGUCAGCAGACGACUCACUGUCUGGAGUGGUCCGAUGUCUUUGCUUCGCUGACACCUUCCUGCGUGAUGGUACACACCACGGUCCCACACUAUGGGCGGGCACCAACUCAGGCAGUGUGUAUGCCUACGCUCUGGAGGUGCCUGGUGUGGGCUCGGGACGUGUGUGUGAGCGGGGUGGAGCAAGUGAGAGCAGCGUGUGUGUGGAGGCGGUGUUGGGUAAAGAGAUUCAGCUGAUGCACAGGGCCCCCGUGGUGUCAAUCUGUGUGUUGGACGGCCGAGGGAAACCAUUACCAGACCCAUACGAAGCCUCCCAGGACCUUGCCAUCGCACCGGAUAUGACCAACGCUCACUCUGUCCUCAUUGCAUCAGAGGAACAGCUCAAGGUGUUCUCUCUCCCCAAGGUGAGCGCCAAGACCAAGUUCAAGCUUACUGCACACGAAGGCUGCCGAGUGAGAAAGGUGGCCCUGGUGGUCUUCAGCUCCACAGCUCAGGAAGACUACAGCGAACACACACUGGUGUGUCUGACCAACCUGGGAGAUAUGCACCUCUUUAACAUACCGGGCCUCCGACCACAGGUGCGCUAUGACUGCAUCCGCAAAGAAGACAUCAGUGGUAUUGCAUCCUGCGUCUUCACCAAGAGCGGACAGGGCUUUUACCUGAUCUCUCCCUCAGAGUACGAGAGGUUCUCACUGUCUGCCAAGGUCCUCACUGAGCCGCUCUUCUCUGUUCAGCUUGAACGGCCGCUAGAGCCCACACCUGCCAGCGAUGGUAUGUCGACGCAGCCGCAGGCCAAUGGAACCCACAAGAACCAGAUGGGUCAAGCUGAGGGGCAAACAGAAGAGCUUCCGAGCUCCCUGUCCUCUCCCAACCUGGACACCCCACUGGACUCCCCCCUCAGCUGCGCUGACCUCACCCUCGACUCCACUGGAGAACUCACUGUGGAGGACGUUAGGGACUUCCUUACCACCGUUGACGAAGCAGAGAAUAACCUAAAGAACAUUAAAGAGGAGGAGGGACGCUCAACUGGCAUCCUCAUCAACUGAACAGUAUUACAGGGAGGGGCUCAAGUGGUCUGGAUGGACUGGAUUUCAGUGCUGCACCACAAACAUGUCCCAUCAGCCCCCAGCCAGCACUCUGGGAGGAAAGCCUCGCUAUGGACAAAGAAUACAAUAUUGAAGACUUUUUGUGGCUUCUUUUACUGGAAGAACUAAAUCUUAUUCUUCUUUUGUAACCACUUUGGAAACAUGACAUCACCUCCCGCACGGAGACACAGAAAGUCCAGCUGAGGAUAGCCUGGUUCUGGACGGACUUGGAGCUGAUGAUUCUGAUUUCAAGAACUAAAGGCUGAAAUUUCCAUCGUCCAUCUUGACGCUCCGUGCUCCCUUCCCCUGGCGAUUUGAUGUUUCCAGGGCAUUCCCCAGCCAGUGGAGGUGGUUCAGCCUUCAAGGAAAGGGCUCUUACACUCUGCAUAGGAGACUUAACGGUGACGUUUGUAUGUUUUUAUUUUUCUAUCCGCAGUUUUUCGGCGUGCUUGGCUCGGCCUGAGUUUUCCCCCACAGUUGGAACUGGAAUUGGUGCUCCAUUGCCAAACGUGUGUGUCGAUUCCUUGCGCACACUAGUGGAUGUGAUGGACUGUUCUGCACGCUGCUUAACAACACUGCAGCCCCAUGAACAACCCUGUGUAUAAGCUGAUGAUAACCAGCAAAGACUGAAAGGGAGAACUUUGUAGUGUUCGAAGAGAUCAAGACUAGCAAAUGGAGUAUUUUGAAUAUUUGAGUAUUCAAAGUUGUAGCAUUUCUAUUCUUCCCCCUCUAAGGUGCCAGUAAGGGCAGUUGAAUUGCCUUAGCCAGUGUCGUGUGGGUGGAGGUGGCGCAUAAAUCUGCUGUUUUCAAACCAGAGUUAUUGCACACAAGCACAUUUUCACCAAGGUUUUAAGAAGCGCUCUCUCUAUUCUCUUGGUAUUGAAGAAAAAAAAAAACUGAGUACUGAGAUACUGAAGGUGUUUUGUAUCGCAAAGGUUGAAACUCUGUUAAAUAUGUUUUGUAUGGAUUUGAAGAAAGUAAAGAUAUUUUAAUGAAAAAUAGAGUGGGGGGGUGCAAGAGGAAAGAAUUGACAGUCAUUUCAAAGGGAACCGGCUGGUGAAGAGGGAACUGAGGGGGGGGGGCUAUGUAUUUGGGACUAGAGCAGAUUUAGGUGAAAAUAUAUUUUUGACACUUUUUGACAAACCUUUAUUGCUAAAUGCAUGGUCUGAGAAGCAAAUUCAUUCUUGGUUUCUCUCAACCACAACCUGAAUUUGUUAAAUUCUGGGGUUUUUUUUAUCAGGCAAAAUGGGUCAAGUUUGUCGUGUGAGGAAGAGGUGGCCAGUGAUGUCACAUAAGUAUGACAUUGGGGGGUUUAUGGUACGACACAGCACAGCUAGCUGUUCUUCCAGUUUUCAUCUAUGUGACCUCACUGUUCUCUCAUCUUUACAAUAAGGAGGCUAUGCUCAUCGGGACCAUGUGAUAUGAAGUUAGUUGAAGUUGCUGUAUAACCCUUUAGAGAUCGAGAGUAUGUGACAGUCUGUUUGAAGAGCUCAGAGUUCAUUGUGAUCAGUUUGAGAAUAAAGAGUUUUUAUCCUGAUUUUCUGCUUGUUUGGUAAAAUCCGGUUUGAUGAAAGGAAUUAUUUUUAGUCUUCGAAAAUAAAAAGGGGAUGAAGGUAAAGAAUGUGGUCAAAUAAAGAGUCUUCUGUUAAAUCCUCCCUCCUCUGUUAACGUUUCAUCAUCUCGUGCAGAAAUCUUGACGGGACUCAGGGAAGUGUAGCAAGGGAAGCAAAGUCAGUCUGAAUGCUAAGUGUAAUGUACUGUGUACUGUGAUGCACCCAGGAGAUUUCUGUUUUGGGUUUCUGUGAAUUGGUGCAUUCUAGGUAAUAUUGGCUAGAUACAGAGCUUUGAUCACCAGUAUUUUUUAACCCCCUUGUUGUUUUACUGUGUAAAAACAAAAAUUUAUACAGUAUCUAUAUCUAGGUUUGCUAAAGGCAGAUUUAUAACAGUAAGCCGAUGAUAGAGUAAAACGUUAGAACCUGUCGUAGCCUAUGUACCCCUCGGUAUUCCUAGCUUCUUGAUCACUUUGCGUAAAAACAAAAUAAAAAGUAAAAAAGGGACCUCACUUCUAACUAAUGUAGCUCAACAGGUAGAAAUCAUGUUCAUGCUUUUUUUUACUCCUCUGUUUAGCUUUUUUUUUUUUUUUUU